UUUACAAAAUGGCGCCUAAUCCGAAACCACCCGAGCCUUACCUGACAGAGAGAACCUCAGCCCUUAAAGUGGAGGAGAUUGUUAACAUUCUGAGGAGUCCAGAUGAGAGCAAGACCAUCCAGACUGCCCCCUCCACACCCCAGGAAGGGGAGGUGUACCUCUAUAAGAUAACCUCGGGAAUGAGAGAAGAUAUCUGGAAGGAUGACAAAUAUCAUUUCAGAAGUGAUGGAACUCGGAAGCAGCCUGGCUCAAGUCCAGUCAUAGUGAAGCAGUACCACAAGGCUUACACCGAGGACAAGACAACAACAAGGGCCUUUGUCAGAGAAGCAACGUAUCUGUACAACCAGCCUCUGAAACACGUCCUAGUGCAAUAUAUCAGGGACCACACACAAGCACAGCCUUCUCCCCAACGCAAGAAGCGUGGUCAACAGACAGUUAAUACCUCAGGUGACAGUAAAUGUAGAAAAGUAGAAUCAACUGGUGGAGUUGUGCAGUCGGGUGUCACGUAAACAGUAACUCAAACCUGGACCCUGAAGAUCAUUUAUCACCGACAGAAUUGGAAGACAACGGUAAAUCAAACACUAUUCUAGGUGUAACAUUGAAUGGAGAAAAGGUGUCAGAGACUGAAACAAAGAAUGAUCACGACACAAAUCAGAAACGCUGCAGGACGGGAGAUCAUAGAAGUGAUGAUGACAUUGAAUAUUUGGGUACAACGUCAGGCUCCCCUGUCAAAAAAAACCAUUUGCAGUCUCAAGUAGACAAUGACAACACAGUUGUAACCCGUGUCACUAACACACCCUAUGGUUAUCUGUACACAUUUCUUGAAGUCGUAGAAAGAACUCGUGAUGUGAUAAAGGUCGUGCAACAGAUUUUAUCUUUAUCAAGGUUCUGGAACAAGGACUGUACCAACAAAGACAACGCAUGCUUGUCAGUCAUUAAAGAGGUCGACAAGAACUGGAAUCUAGAUGCAAUAAAAGCAAGGAACUGGGUUAAAUGUGCUGACGUAUGUGCUGACGGCCUGAACUUGAUCCAAGACCGGUCAGUUUACAUUAACCUCAUCGCAGCAGUACUUGUUGGAGCAUGUCAUACCAGAACUGAAGUACAGGACUUUGUGAAAACACUGGAGGAUCCUCCUUCACACCUUCAGCAUGUACAAGAGGACGUCCCCCUGUCACGUGACUGUGCAUACACAACUGGCUGCUACGUACACCAUCAGAGGAGAUGUUCUGUCUCGCCUGGAAACCAACGAGUGGCUCCAUCUGCUCUAUUUACACAAUAACACAAACUACAUGCCUAGUUAAUCAUCCAAGAAAAUCAUUUCAUAGAGCAUGGGAGGCUUCGAUUUCAUCAAAUGAUAUGAUGGACACAUACCUGCACCUCCUGGAGGAAGAGUGGUGUUCCCGUGUGAGCUUCCACUGUCUGGUGCUGCCUACAGAGACAAUCCUUCUGUGGGAGGCAGGACAGUACACAGACAGGAUAAGGGGGAAAGAUGAAAAUUUGACAAACUACACGUGGAUCUUAAUGCCAGUGAACAUGCCGCAUAAUCAACAUUGGGUGCUACUGGUGGCUAAUGUCAAGGAUGGAACAGUGGGCGUGGUCAAUUCUAAACCCGCCUUAGAUGUGGAGGACACAGUUGUACAACACUGGAGGCUUUUUGUAAACCACUUGAAAUCUACGUCUAAGGAAGGGAGCAAGUCAUGGAUGAAGAAACAGUACCCAGUGAUAGAACAGUCUGAUGGACACAGCUGUGGGAUAUUCGUUCUGAUGGCUGCUGAUGCAAUUUUGUCGGAGAAGUCUCCAGGCAUCAUGAGGAACUGUCACAUUGAGAAAUACAGGCUGUAUGUGCUUCAGAGGAUACUACAGUAUGCCAAGGACAAGGGAGAUAUGCAGGGUGGAGGAAAUCACAUGAUGGCAGUUGAUGGACAGGGUAAUGUCACAAAAAAUUCAAACUGUAACGCUGGAGACAAGAGAUGUACUGGAAAAUAGCUGUACAAUGACAACAGAACAAGGAGGUCCAACUAUUCCUGAAGAGGAUGGACAUGAAACACAUGAAGGAACCGACUGUGCUAUCGCCAGUGAUGAAAAUACUGAUGACCACCCAUGUUUGGAUCAGCACCUGUUGCAUAAGCAGAAGAUGGCAUGCUUGUUAGUGGUUGCUUUGGCGGAGAAUAACCUGGAGGAGAGGAUGCUAUGGGCAGGGUCUAACACAGGGACUCUCGUGGAAAGAGAAACCUACAAAAAAUAUAUUGUUUGGGCACUUAAGGCUUUUGACAUCAAUGAAGAAGAAUACACUGAAAAUGUGAUGAAACCUAUUUUAUCCCAAUUGACGGGAUGCUGUCUCCAUCAUGAAGCAGGCUCAUAUAGAAUAAGAAAUCAUAAAGUAGCAAUAAAGCUAAGAGAAAUACUGCUACGUGAUGUUAGGCAGUUUGUUGAAAGGAUGGAUAUCGAGUUCAUAUUUCGUUAUGUGACAUUUAGAGAUGAUCCAACUGAACAGGAACAAGUAAAUGUGUCUUUCAACCUCGAAUUGAAACAUGAUGAUCUGCAUAUUGUAGCGAAGCGGUUUGCUGCAGCUUUACACGGCAGAAAGUUUGCCUUUGUGUGCAUGCAUUCCCUAUUCAAGGUAGAGACAUUUGUUGAUAUGGUUUGGGAGAAAUUGUUGCAUAAUAUGAACAAGGACAGUUCUGUACUGUUGAAAGUAUUGUCAAAUAAUGACAUUGUACAUGGAUAUUCCUUUCUGUUUUGGGCGAGCAUCACAGACAACUCACAUUUGUUGAGGAGAGCAUUGUUCAGUGUUCAAUUGAAUGCAGAGAACAGAAAGGAAGCUUUGUUUGGAAGUUGCUUUGGGAAUAGUUUAGCCAACUUCGAUUACCUGUUUUCCAAUAAAAACUGGAAGUUGGAUAAGUUGUGGAUGACACUACCCAAACUCCCAAGACCUCUUAUCAUUAAACUGCAGUUGGCAGUUGCAGAUGAUCUGGGAGUAAAGUUUGGUAAAUGUUCACUUUUGGACAUUGCCUGUAUGGGUGGGUUGUCUGCAGUGGCUUCCAGAUUGUCACAUUUGAUAAAGAUGAGCAAGAAGAAAAACAGGUCAAGAAAGAAUACAUAUGUACAUUUUGCAUCCUUGUGCCUAAAGGGCAAAGAUACCAUGGAUACAAUUACAAAAAUUGGAAAACUGAAUGUCAAUAUUAAAGGCCCUGAAGGAUCAACACCUUUACAUUACGCAUGUGCAGUUGGAAAUGUUAGCAUUGUAAGCUAUCUGUUACAGGAACUAGUGGACAUUGGUGAGCAAAACAAGACGGGUGAAACUGGGCUUCAUUUGGCAUGUAUAUAUGGAAACGCAGAAGUUGUUACAAUGUUAUUACAGAACAAGGCAAAUGCGGAUGAGAAAGAUAAGGAAGGCAGCACACCUCUACAUGAUGCAUCCUGGCAGGGACAUAGGGAGGUUGUGGAGGUGUUAUUACAGAACAAGGCAAAUGUGGAAGAGAAACGUCAAGAUGGCACCACACCUCUACAUCAUGCAGCCUGGCAGGGACAUAGAGAGGUUGUGGAGGUGUUAUUACAGAACAAGGCAAAUAUGGAUGAGAAAGAUAAGAAAGGCCGCACACCUCUACAUGAUGCAGCCUGGCAGGGACAUAGAGAGGUUGUGGAGGUGUUAUUACAGAACAAGGCAAAUGUGGAUGAGAAACGUCAAGAUGACAGCACACCUCUACAUUAUGCAGCCUACGAGGGACAUAGAGAGGUUGUGGAUGUGUUAUUACAGAACAAGGCAAAUGUGGAUGAGAAAGAUAAGGAAGGCCGCACACCUCUACAUCGUGCAGCCUGGCAGGGACAUCGGGAGGUUGUGGAGGUGUUAUUACAGAACAAGGCAAAUGUGGAUGAGAAAGAUAAGGAAGGCCGCACACCUCUACAUCGUGCAGCCUGGCAGGGACAUCGGAUGGUUGUGCAGGUGUUAUUACAGAACAAGGCAAAUGUGGAUGAGAAACGUCAAGAUGGCAGCACACCUCUACAUGAUGCAGCCUACGAGGGACUUAGGGAGGUUGUGGAGGUGUUAUUACAGAACAAGGCAAAUGUGGAUGAGAAAGACGAUAAAGAAGAAACUGCUUUACAAAAAGCAGAGGCGCAACAUCACGAUGAUAUUGCAAGGAUUAUAACUGAGGCAACAAAUAUACAUGACCUGACAAGCAACCAUAGUACAAUUAUAGAUAGGGUGAACCACACAUCAGUAGAAUUGCCAGGGGUUUAUGUUCCGAGUCAACUGGGACAAGCAGUUUCCACAGACAGACAAAGUGUUAUGGAAGAGAUCGCCUUGCAGUCAUCCCAACCAUAUCAUAUAGACGGAAAUCUUAACAACCUCCAUACAGAUCCUGCACGCAUGGAGAUACGUUCACCAAAUCAAAGAUCAGAAACCAUAUAUGGAAACUCCAGUCAUGUUCCCACCUAUGUCCAUGCUCCAGUAGUUGGUGACAAAGUGCCUAGUUCAGAUACCACUAGUAAUUCUGAGAAUACCAUCAUUCACUACACUGAGUCUGGGGAAAAGAUAGAGCUGCAGCAGCUCUAAAAGUGGUCUAGAAAGGAGUUAUCAUUUUUAGUAUGGUGUCCAGUGAUACAGUAUACAUAUACAGUUUUACAACCUCCUUUAGGAGUCAGUCGUCCGAAUUUGGUUUGCAGAAAAUAACGAGUUAUUUGUCAUUUGUGUCGAUGUAGCAUUGAUGUUUCGGUAAGCAUAUCAAUUCCAUAAAAAACAACAACAUUUUACUCUACAAAUGCUAGGACCAAAGCUAACUUCAUGACGAAAAAAUCCUUUAUGUUGCUUAGAGGAUUACAUAAUAGAUUCUUUCAAAUGUUCCUAACUGGACAUAUGCACAUUUCAGUGUGUACCGAACUUUCCUGUAUUGUUUUAAGUUGAAUUGAGUGAGUGUGUGAGUUGGAUUUAACGCUGCUUUUAACAGUAUUCCAGUAAUAUCACGGCAUGUCAGCUUAAUGUGGGAGGAAAGCCCGAAGUG